AUGCAAGCUUCUAAUAAACCUAUGAAUAUUGAACAAGAUAAUAACUUACGCGAACAAUUUGAAACAGUACUGAUGAAUUUAGAAGUUGAACAAGCAGCCAGAAGAGAUACGUCUUUAGAGGUUGAAAAACUUAACGUUCAAUUAGAUAUUAGUAAAAAAUCAUACUAUGAGCUCGAAGCCCGAUUCAAUCACGAAAAGGCUAUUUGGAGGAUAAAGGAAGAAAACUAUGAGAAGAAGUUACAGUCAAAAGCAAUAACUGAGAAAGAAAUCAGCGGAUUACUACUAAAUCUAAAUUCUGAUGUUCCAGAAUCCGCCACUUUCUCAAAGACUGGUAAUUUAUAUUCUAAACCAAUGACAAACACUGUUAAUCUCCUUAAGAAAAUACAGGAACUGAAAGGGGAGAUUGAUAAUCUACGAAGUGAACUGGUUAAUAAAUGUCAAGAAAUCGAGGAGUUGAAUAAAAGCAUCAACUGGAAAUCGUUCGCUAAUCAACCAACAAGUUGUUUAUAUCAAACACUUUCACAGAGAGAUAGUCAAAUCCACGUGCUGCAUAAUCAACUAGUAGAUACUGAGAAGCAAGCUCAAUUAUAUAAAGAAGAGAGAGAUAAGUUGGCACAUGAACGUAGAAUACUGUGUGAAGAUUUAGAACGUCUUUUGACAAGAAGACAGAGUCUGGCCAAAUUACGUGAGUUUGUUUCGUCCUUACUACAGCAAAUACAACCUAACCUAAGCCUGAGACUGUUGAAAAAUCAGAACGAUCUUCUUUGUCCUAGAGAUAUGAAUUGUGGGUGUAAUCUUACUGGAAGACCAAGUUCUCAUCGCGAGACACCAUUUGAUCAUAUCAGCGAUCAUAAUCGGGUAUCUAAUAUUCACCAGCAAUUUUAUGAUAUUUUACGUUCUCAAUAA